AUGUUAUCCACAAUAUUUUAUCUCUACGGCAGUGUUAUCACACUGGCCUACUUCUCAACAGUAUUUUUGAUUUUCUUUGGUCUGAGUUGGGGAAUACUACCACACUGGUAUCUUCACGUGGUGUCGUUGAUUCAGGGACACUUUCCGAGUGAGAGACAUAAAAUCAAAGUGAAAAGAGAUGAAAAUAGCAAUGAGCAGAAGGAAGACAAAAGUGCAGAUGAAAUCGCCGAGGAGCAGGUUAAAAAACUUAUUGAGUCCGAUUUGGCUCCAUGUUUCAACACUGCACACACAAUACGACCAACAUUAUUAGGAAUGAUGCCAGAGAAAAAUUGGACCGGUGCUCAAAAGAGCAUUUUCUUUGUUGGCCUUUUCUUCAGAGCAUUUUUCCUGAUGCCAGUGAGAAUUGGUCUACUGCUCACUUCAUUUAUUUUCGUGGCACUUGCCGGACUUCAGACUGCUUUCAGAACUCUCUCGGACCAUGAAAAAACCUGGGUCGCUAUUGUUUACUGUCGCCUGUUCUCCAGCAGCAUGGGACUUGUUGCCAACUACCGUUAUCCCCAAUUCAGGCCCAAGAAGCCAGGAGUAGCAGUUUCGAAUCAUUUAACCCCUAACGACAUUCAAAUCCUGUUUGCUGGAACCCCACACGGAAGCUCGUACGGAUAUGUGGUGACUGGUCAAAAGCACAAAGGAAUUAUUGGAGUCAUCGAGCACUUAGUCGAGAAGCUUUGUCCAUCUCUUUGGUUGGAGAGAAAGUGUAGUAAUGAUCGGCAAGGAUUCCUGGCAGAAGUUUUGAAAACUGCAAAGCGUGAGGGUCCGGUGCUUCUAUUCCCAGAAGGAUACUGCUCAAACAACAGCAAGGUGUUGCAGUUCAGAAAAGCGAUUUUCGAGGAGAAUGUGAAUAUCUAUCCGGUGGCCAUUAAACAAUCCCCAGAGUUUGGCGAUGGAUUUUGGUAUGAGGAUGAAUUCUUCCAGUAUUUGGUCAGGACCAUGCUCAAUUGGGCAGUGGUUUAUGAUAUACAGUAUCUUCCUAUGGAAACGAGAAAGGAGUCCGAGAACAACUCGAUGUUCGCUGCCCGAAUUCAACACGCCAUUGCCCGCGCCGCCGGAAUCUCUCCAUGUGAGCAUGGCGGAAAUUUGUGGUAUAAACAGGAAGAGAGGAAUAAGAUGAAGGAAGUCUUCAAGGCGCAGAAUGAAGCAGCUUCUUUGCGGAGAAAUGACAGCUCCGUAUCAGAAACGAGCAGUGGAAUUUCGAGUGGUGAUGAUUUUGAGAAAGUGGAGAAAGUGCAGGAGCAGUUUCAGAAGUUGAUUACUGUAAUGAGCUGA